AUGGAGAUUAGGAACAACGUGACAGAGUUUGUCCUACUGGGACUCACAGAGAAUCCAAAGAUGCAGAAGAUCAUAUUUGUUGUAUUUUCUCUCAUCUACAUCAUCACGGUGGUGGGAAAUAUGCUCAUUGUGAUCACCAUAAAUGCUAGCCCAUCAUUAGGGGCACCAAUGUACUAUUUCCUGGCCCAUCUCUCCUUCAUUGAUGCCUGCUACUCCUCUGUCAGCACUCCCAAACUGAUCAUAAAUUCGCUCUAUGAAAAGACCAUCUCAUUCAAAGGAUGCAUGAGCCAAAUAUUUUGGGAACAUUCAUUUGGAGGCAAUGAGGUCAUCCUGCUCACGGUGAUGGCUUAUGACCGCUACGUGGCCAUCUGUAAGCCCCUGCACUACACGACCAUCAUGAACUGGCAGGUAUGUGGCCUGCUAGUGGGAGUCGUAUGGAUGGGAGGCAUAAUUCAUGCCACCAUACAGAUCCUCUUCAUCUUCCGACUGCCCUUCUGUGGUCCUAAUGUCAUAGAUCACUUUAUGUGUGAUCUGAAUCCUGUGCUCAAUCUUGCCUGCACUGAUACCCACACUCUAGGACUAUUUGUUGCUGCCAACAGUGGGUUCAUUUGUCUGUUAAACUUUCUCCUCUUGUUGGUCUCCUAUGUGGCCAUUCUGUGCUCUCUAAAGCACCACAGCUUGGAGGCAAAGCGCAAAGCCCUCUCCACCUGUGGCUCCCACAUCACAGUGGUCAUCAUGUUCUUUGUGCCCUGCACAUUUAUGUACUUGAGACCCGCAGCUACUCUGUCCAUUGAUAAAGCAGUUGCUGUGUUCUACACCAUGAUAACUCCCAUGUUAAAUCCCUUAAUCUAUACCUUGAGAAAUGCCCAGAUGAAAGAUGCCAUGAAGAAAUUGUACAGUAAGAAAGCUAUUUCAGGUGACAAAUAA